AUGCGCAUUUUGAGACUAACGGUGGUCACAUUGCUGGCUACAGCUUGCUGCACACUAACAGAUGGAGCAAUCAGCAUCACGUGUGAAGGCUCUGAUGCUUUACUGCAAUGUGAUGGAGGUAAGAUCCAUAUCAAGCGUGCGAACUACGGUCGUCGUCAACACGAUGUUUGUUCUAUUGGGCGCCCUGAUAACCAACUCACCGACACCAACUGCCUCAGCCAAUCCUCCACCAGCAAGAUGGCAGAAAGAUGCGGUGGGAAGAGCGAGUGUAUUGUCCCUGCAUCCAAUUUCGUUUUUGGAGACCCCUGUGUCGGGACUUAUAAGUACCUGGACACCAAAUACUCCUGUGUCCAACAGCAAGAAACAAUAAGCAGCAUCAUAUGUGAAGGCUCUGAUUCUCAACUACUAUGUGAUCGAGGUGAGAUCCGUAUUCAGCGUGCCAACUAUGGUCGUCGUCAACACGACGUGUGUUCCAUUGGGCGCAAACAUAAACAACUCAAAAACACCAACUGCCUCAGCCAAUCCACCACCAGCACAAUGGCAGAAAGGUGUGAUGGAGAGCGCCAGUGUAUCGUCAAGGUAUCCAACUCUGUGUUCGGUGACCCCUGUGUCGGAACCUAUAAGUACUUGGAUGUGGCUUACACGUGUGACUGUUUGCUGACAACAGUGGUAGGCCUGAUAUCCAACAACGACAAGACGGCAUACAGGGAGGAUGUGAGGGACCUGACGGAAUGGUACCAGGAAAAUAUCCUCUCCCUCAAUGUCAACAAAACAAUGGAGAUGAUUGUGGAUUACAGUAGACAGCAGAGAGAGCUCGUCCCCAUCCACUUCUACAGGGCCGCACUGGAGAGGGCAAAAAGCCGCAAGUUUCUCGGCGUGCACAUCACAAUCAACCUGAAAUGGUCCAUUCAUAGAGGCAAUGUGAUGAAGGCGCAACAGCGCCUACUCAACCUCAGGAGGCUGAAGAAAUUUGGCUUGUCCUGUAAGGCCCUCAUGAACUUCUACAGUACCACUCCUGUACCUGGCAUCAUGCGCAUUUUGAGACUAACGGUGGUCACAUUGCUGGCUACAGCUUGCUGCACACUAACAGAUGGAGCAAUCAGCAUCACGUGUGAAGGCUCUGAUGCUUUACUGCAAUGUGAUGGAGGUAAGAUCCAUAUCAAGCGUGCGAACUACGGUCGUCGUCAACACGAUGUUUGUUCUAUUGGGCGCCCUGAUAACCAACUCACCGACACCAACUGCCUCAGCCAAUCCUCCACCAGCAAGAUGGCAGAAAGAUGCGGUGGGAAGAGCGAGUGUAUUGUCCCUGCAUCCAAUUUCGUUUUUGGAGACCCCUGUGUCGGGACUUAUAAGUACCUGGUCGCCAAAUACUCCUGUGUCCAACAGCAAGAAACAAUAAGCAGCAUCAUAUGUGAAGGCUCUGAUUCUCAACUACUAUGUGAUCGAGGUGAGAUCCGUAUUCAGCGUGCCAACUAUGGUCGUCGUCAACACGACGUGUGUUCCAUUGGGCGCCCACAUAAACAACUCAAAAACACCAACUGCCUCAGCCAAUCCACCACCAGCACAAUGGCAGAAAGGUGUGAUGGAGAGCGCCAGUGUAUCGUCAAGGUAUCCAACUCUGUGUUCGGUGACCCCUGUGUCGGAACCUAUAAGUACUUGGAUGUGGCUUACACGUGUGACUGAAUGAUAUCUUCCUGGUGAACCUGAAGAUGUACAAGGCUGCUGGGAUAUCUUCAUCAGGUCUUGCUGUUUUCCUUCAACCUCUAAAUCAACU